AUGGCGACGGACGGGAUGGUGCUCACCAACCACGACCAUCAGACCCGAGUGGGAAUUCUGACAGUCAGUGACAGUUGUUUCAAGAACUUGGCUGAGGACAGAAGUGGGGUCAACUUGAAGGACCUGGUCCAUGAUCCGUCAUUGUUAGGUGGGGUGAUCGCUGCCUAUAAAAUUGUUCCAGAUGAGAUUGAUGAAAUCAAGGAAACACUUUUGGAAUGGUGCGAUGACCAGGAGCUUAAUCUCAUUCUUACAACAGGAGGCACGGGAUUUGCACCGCGAGAUGUUACGCCAGAGGCCACCAGAGAAGUGAUUGAGAGGGAAGCUCCAGGCAUGGCUCUGGCAAUGCUAAUGGGUUCUCUGAACGUUACACCGCUGGGGAUGUUGUCUAGGCCUGUGUGUGGUAUCCGUGGUAAAACUUUGAUCAUCAACCUACCAGGGAGCAAGAAGGGCUCUCAGGAGUGUUUUCAAUUUAUCCUUCCUGCUUUGCCUCACGCCAUCGACCUGCUGCGCGAGGCGACUGUUAGGGUUAAAUCUGUACAUGCCGCACUAGAGCAACUGCCUUCUCCUUCUUCUCUGCUAUCCAACGCACACACCAACGCGCAUGCCCACUCGCAUACUAUGGAGCGCGGCACACAGUGUGAGGAAGAAGACGAUGAGGAGGAGGACCGGCGGAGAGGUCGACAUGCACACCACCACCACCACCAUCAUCAUCACCAGCACGGCUCCUCCCACAUUACCGCAGCUGCUAUCGCUGCAAAGACCAGCCAUGUCGUGGUCAUGGCAAAGGGCGCUCCCUAUCUUCCCGGCAACACGCCAGCCCCUCCUACUCAUUUCACUUGCUCCUGUACCCAUGAUCAGCAGAUUCCAGACUCGAUCAUUUCUCGAGGUGUUCAGGUGCUUCCUCGAGACUCUGCCUCUUUGAGCUCCACUCCUUCAGAGUCACCACGGGCAACACAGGCAACUUCCCGCCUUUCCACUGCAUCAUGCCCAACACCUAAGGUCCAAUCCCGAUGUGGAAGUAACGAGAACAUCCUGAGGGCAAGCCACAGUGCAGUUGACAUUAGUAAAGUGGCACGACGUCAUCGGAUGUCCCCAUUUCCACUGACGUCAAUGGACAAAGCCUUCAUCACUGUUUUAGAGAUGACUCCUAUUCUGGGAAUUGAAGUCAUUAACUACAGAGACGGAUUGGGUCGAGUGCUCGCUCAGGACAUCUAUGCCAAAGACAACCUUCCUCCAUUUCCCGCCUCAGUUAAAGAUGGCUAUGCUGUAAGAGCUGCUGAUGGUCCAGGAGAUCGCUUCAUCAUGGGAGAGUCACAGGCUGGGCAGCAGCCCACCCACACAGUGAUGCCAGGCCAGGUGAUGAGGGUGACCACCGGCGCUCCCAUUCCUUGUGGCGCUGACGCAGUAGUACAAGUGGAAGAUACAGAACUCUUGAGGGAGUCUGAAGAUGGAACAGAAGAGUUAGAAGUGAGGAUUAUGGUGCAGGCUCGACCUGGACAGGAUAUCAGGCCAAUAGGUCAUGACAUCAGACGAGGAGAGUGCGUGUUAGCUAAAGGAACGCACAUGGGCCCAUCAGAGAUUGGUCUUCUGGCUACAGUUGGAGUGACUGAUGUCAGUGUGCACAAGUUCCCAGUGGUGGCCGUCAUGUCCACUGGAAAUGAGUUAUUGAAUCCAGAGGAUGACCUCCACCCAGGGAAGAUCAGAGAUUCCAACCGCUCGACUCUGCUUGCAACUAUCCAGGAACAUGGUUAUCCCACCAUCAACCUGGGCAUUGUUGGAGACAAUCCUGAUGACCUGCUGUCAGCUCUCCAUGAGGGAAUCAGUCGUGCUGAUGUCAUUAUAACCUCAGGGGGCGUGUCCAUGGGAGAGAAGGACUUCCUGAAGCAAGUGCUGGACAUUGACCUUCAUGCUCAGAUUCACUUUGGACGUGUGUUCAUGAAGCCAGGUCUUCCUACUACCUUUGCCACCGUUGACAUUGAUGGAGCACGGAAACUCAUAUUUGCUCUGCCAGGCAACCCAGUGUCAGCAGUGGUCACAUGUAAUCUCUUUGUGAUUCCUGCACUGAGGAAAAUGCAAGGCAUUUUGGACCCCAGACCCACAAUUAUUAAAGCAAGGCUUUCAUGUGAUGUGAAGCUGGAUCCUCGGCCAGAGUACCAUCGUUGCAUUCUCACCUGGCAUCACCAGGAGCCACUGCCCUGGGCUCAAAGCACAGGUAACCAAGUGUCCAGCAGGCUAAUGUCAAUGCGUAGUGCCAACGGCCUGCUGAUGUUACCUCCUAAAACAGAGCAGUAUGUGGAACUGCACAAGGGAGAAGUUGUAGACGUCAUGGUCAUCGGACGGCUAUGA